UGUGUGGUGGACUGGGCCUGGUGAAGUGAAGGCAGUGUGGCCGCGGCCGCUGUGGGGUGUGGAGCUACAUUUCGUAUAAAAUAUACAUAAAACUUGGAACAUCUGUCAAAAAAUGACAAUUGAAGCAUUCAAGUCAUAAUUCACGCCAUGAAUAAGUAGUGUAGUGUGUCGUGUCUCGCCAGCCGCGCCGGAGGUACCCAACACCUGCCAGUCGUCAGUCCGUGCAUCUCAUGUAAACACGAGGACAACGUCAACACUUGAUAAAUAGUGCGUGACAUCAGGACCAUCACCAGUUUAUCCAAGGACAUGUUUAUAUGGUGGAUCUCCUGGGCGUGGCUACUCUGCUGGGCGUGGGCGUGCAUGGGCGUCAGCGUGUGGGCGGCAGGCAUGACCCCGGAGGAGGUUGGUGGAGUCCCUGGGACCACAGCCCCUGGAGGAGAAGACGCUUCCUCUGUGGUCGUGAUUCAUGAGCGUGUGGGUCCUGGCAUGGGCGGGUCUGCUGUGCAGCUGCUGGGGUUGGAGAAUGGACAGCACUUCGCCACACAGCCCACACCCCAGACUGCUGUGGUGGGCUCUACCGCUGUGCUCCCCUGCAGGGUCAUCAACAAGGUGGGUCACCUCCAGUGGACCAAAGAUGGGUUCGGACUGGGCACCGAGAGGGAUUUGUUCGGCUUCACGCGAUACGCCAUGAUCGGCUCAGACGAUGAAGGAGACUUCAGCCUAAGAAUCAAGCCAGUACUGCUGGACGAUGAUGGGCUCUACCAGUGCCAGGUGAGUGCCAGUGACGGGGUGCCAGGCAUCAGGUCACACGCCGCCCGCCUCACCGUGUACGUGCCGCCCUCACCGCCCACACUCACGCCGCCCGUCCUCACCACCACCGCGGGCGUUACUGUGACCCUUGUGUGUGAGAGCUCUGGAGGACGACCUGCUCCUGAGAUCCAGUGGGUGGACGACGCCAGACGGGAGACCAUCAGGACGGGGUGGAUGGUGGAGACAGAACCCUUAGAAGACGGGAAGAGAGUCAAGGUCACAUCCCGUCUCUCCUUCACCCCCAGAAGGACCCACCACAACUCUACCCUCACCUGCCUCACCUCCAACCAGGCCCUGAGCCACCCUUUGACCAGCACCGUCCACCUAAAGGUGUUGUUCCCGCCAGAGGUUGGUCUCAGAGUUCGCCCAUCUCAGCUGGUGGAGGGAGAUGAUGCUACUUUCCUCUGUACCGCCCAGGCCAACCCCUCCUCCUUACUUACAGAUGGUACCGGAGGAGUCAGCUGCUGGAGAACGCUACGUCGAGUGUUCUCUUACUACGAAAAAUAUCCAGAACUCUCCACCAGACCUCCAUAUCAUGUGAGGUGUCCAACAAGGUGGGGACAUCCAAGAAGACUCUGAGUGUCCACGUGCAGUACGGCCCAGUCUUCCGUGCCCUGCCCCGUGACGUCAUGGCAGAGACGGGAAAGAAGGUGGUGCUCAAGUGUGACGUGGAUUCGAACCCUCCGUCUACCAUCGCUUGGCUCCGGGACGGCUCC